GGCUCUCCCCCUAGAAUGGGCCAUACCUGAAAUUUGAGCCCCAAAGACCCAGAAGGUGUGACAAAUGCCCUCCUCACAGGCCGGCCUGCAGCCCAGCAGGGCAGCAGCAAGACACCAAUUGCCAAUCAGGUUAUUAAAAGCUUAGCUGGUGGUUCCCCUCCAGCAGGGUGGAAUCAUCAGGCAUUGGCCCCCUGGGAGUGAUGGAUGGUGACAAAUGAGGGUACGUAGGGGGUUCCUGAGCCCAUCCAGGGCCACAGCUGGGAAACUCAGCUAUCAAAGCCCUGUAAAGGCUCCUCAGCGGAGGUGCUGCCGUCUGCUCAGAGCCAACUGGUGGGACCACACAGCCAGCCACUGUCCGCAAUCCCAGCAGAGCUGGUGCUGGUGCGCAGGGGAGGGACCCCUGGGUGACCAGGAAGAAGGAAGAGACCAAGAAGAAAGAGAUACAGAGAGGAGAGCGGCUGUUUCCCUCUUGUGGGGGGAGGUCAGAGGAAAAGGGCUGGAAAAUGUCCUCCCAGGCAGCAGGGAACCACACCUCCUCUGGGGCCACAGACGACGACUCCUAUGGCAGCUGGUACAUCGAUGAGCCCCAGGGCAGCCAGGAGCUCCAGCCGGAGGGAGUAGAGCCCUCCUGCCACCCCAGUGUGCCGCCCGGCCUCCUCCACACCUGCCUGGCUGUGCUGUCGAUCCUUGUUCUCCUGCUCCUGGCCCUGCUAGUGCGGCGCCGCCAGCUCUGGCCCCACUGCGGGCGCGGCAGGCCUGGACUGCCCAGCCCGGUGGAGUUCUCAGCUGUGGACAGACCGUGGACGGUGCCCGCCGCUGUCUUCACAGUCCUCUUCAGCUCCCUGUGUUUGCUGCUCUCUGCCGGGGACCCCCUGCCCUUCCUGACUCUGGCCUCACCAUCCAGCCACGAUGGGGAAACUGAGACUCCAAGAGGGCCCUGGAAGAUGCUGGCCCUGCUCUAUUACCCUGCCCUCUACUACCCGGUGGCUGCCUGUGCCACAGUCAGGCAUGGAGCCGCACACCUGCUUGGCAGUGCACUGUCCUGGGCUCACUUUGGGGUCCAGGUCUGGCAGAGGGCAGAGUGUCCCCAGGCGCCCAAGAUCUACAAGUACUACUCCCUGUUGGCCUCCCUGCCUCUCCUUCUGGGUCUUGGAUUCCUGAGCCUUUGGUACCCGGUACAGCUGGUGAGAAGCUUCAGCCAUAGGACAAGAGCAGGCUCUGAGGGGCUGCAGGGCAGCUACUCUGAGGAAUAUCUGAGGACCCUCCUUUGCCGGAAGAAGCUGGAAAGCAGCUCCCACACCUCCAAGCACGGCUUCCUAUUCCGGGCCUGGAUCUGCUUCAGACACUCCAUCUACACUCCACAGCCAGGAUUCCGACUCCCUCUGAAGCUGGUGCUCUCAACCACUCUGACAGGGGCUGCCGUCUACCAGGUGGCCCUGCUGCUGCUGGUGGCUGUGGUGCCCACCAUCCAGAAGGUGAGGGCAGGAAUCACCACGGACGUCUCCUACCUGCUGGCCGGCUUUGGGGUCGUGCUCUCGGAGGACAGGCAGGAAGUGGUGGAGCUGGUGAAGCGCCACCUGUGGGCUCUGGAAGUUUGUUACAUCUCGGCCUUGGUCCUGUCUUGCUCACUCACCUUCCUUGUGCUGAUCCGCUCGCUGGUGACACACAGGGCCAACCUUCGAGCUCUGCACCAAGGGGCCGCGCUGAGCCCGGGUGCCCUGCCCCGGAGCCCCCACCUCUCCCGCCAGGCCGUGUUCUGCUGGAUGAGCUUCAGCGCCUACCAGGCCGCUCUCACCUGCCUUGGGCUCCUGGUGCAGCAGAUCAUCUUCUUCCUGGGGACCGUGGCCCUUGCGUUCCUGGUGUUCAUGCCCCUGCUCCAUGGCAGCAAUCUCCUGCUCCUCCGAUCCCUGGAGUCCUCUUGGCCCUUUUGGCUGACCUUGGCCUCUGCUGUGAUCCUACAGAACUUAGCAGCCCACUGGGUGUUCCUGGAGAAUCGUCAUGGACGACCAGAGUUGACCAACCGGCGAACCCUCUACGCAGCCACCUUCCUUCUCUUCCCCAUCAAUGUUCUGGUGGGCAGUGUAGUGGCCACCUGGCGAAUGCUCCUCUCUGCCCUCUACAACGCUGUCCAUCUUGGCCAGAUGGACCUCAGCCUGCUGCCACCCAGGGCCGCAACUCUGGACCCUGGCUACCGCACAUACUGCAACUUCUUGAAGACUGAGGUCAGCCAGUCGCAUCCAGUCAUGACAGCCUUCUGCGCUCUGCUCCUGCGCACACAGAGGCCUUGCUCUCCCACAGCCCCACAGGGCGGCCUCAGACUCCGGGAGGAAGAAGAAGGGAUUCAGUUGCUGCAAACCAGGGACAGUUCGGCCAAGGGAGCAGGGCUCCGGGCUCGCCAAGGCAGGGCCCGCUGGGGUCUGGCCUACACACUCCUGCAAAACCCAGCCCUGCAGGCCUUCCGGAAGACAGCCCUGUCAGCUGCGCGGGCCAAUGGUGCCCAGGCCUGAUGGCGGGCAAGGCCGAGCCACCGCAUCCUGGUCUGUGCGGGGGGGGCUUCUGUCUCUCCCAGCCCACUCCUUCCCUGGCUUUCCAAGCGUCACCCAGGCCUUGGCAGCCUCUCUGCGCAGCAGCAGCUCUGCCAGCCGGUCCGCAGAACAGGGCCCCAGAGACCAGCUCAGAGGCCAGAGGCCAUGGCUGGGUGGAGGUCUUCCCCUGGCUUGGGAACCAGGAGCUUCGGGGGGGCUCUGGUCUGCCCCCUUGGCCUCAGGGAGCCAGCGAGCACUGUGGAGAGGGCAACUGCUGAUUUAGACCCUUGGUCCAAGAGCCAGUGGGACCAGGGCGGCCACGGCCAGGCACUUCCCCCUGCUGACUCUGUGCCGGCCUCAGGGCCCCACUGAAGCCUUCUCCUGGCUGGGGCUGGUGAUUCGGGCUGGGACAGCCCUGCCUUCCAGCUCACCCCACCUCGGCCUCGGACUUUGCCACCAUGGAGCUAGACACACUGCUUCCUCUCUUCUCCCGUCCCCUCUUCUGGGACCUUGUGGCCUGCAAGGCAGCCCAGGAAGAAGGCAUGGGCUCCUACCAGGCAGCAAAGUCACGGCUCAAACCAGGCCCCAUGCUGAGCUGCCACACUCGAGAGCCUGAUAUUUUUGCAGUUGAUGUGCCUUUAGAUAUUAUGAAAGAGGUUAGUGUGUUCCCUGUAAUAAACUGGUCCCUGGGGAA